AUGCCGAGAGAAAAGAACAUGUCCAGGGACAACAUGUCCAUGCCCAAAAAGCAGGCCAAAAAGCCCUCCAAACCACAAAAGCAAAAACCAAAGCAGCCACCCAAACAGCAGCCCACACAAUCCUCAUCCUCAUCCUCUACUGCCGCCGCCGCCGUCCCCUCGCUGCCCGUCCCUCUCCAGCAACGCCUCCUCGACACCUUCAACGCAGCCUUCUCCCCCGUCCUCGCCUCCCCAUCCUUCCCCGCCCUUCUCCAGGAGGUCAAGGCCGCGCUCUACGCCCGCGACUUCGACGCCGCCUUCGCCAACGCCGCCCCGGACUCCCUCGACGCCUACGCCGCCCGCUGGAGCCCCACGCGCGCGCUGGGCUACGCCGGCGUGCUGCUCGCCGUUGGGGAGUACUUGGAAGAAGCGCAUCUCGCCCGGGACGGCGCCGGCUCCGAUGAUGGGGCCGCCGCCGAGCCGGAGGCCGAGGAGGAACCCGCCGACGGCAAGCCGGAAACCCAAACCCAGGCCCAAAAGACGAUCAAGAUGCUCUCCAUCGGCGGCGGCGCAGCCGAGAUAGCUGCCUUCGGCGCCUACCUCUCCACGCACGCCCCGUCUCUCGCGGGACACAUCCACCUCCUCGACUCGGCCCCGUGGGGCCCCGUGGUGAGCAAGCUCCAAGACGCGCUCGCCACGCCGCCGCCGCUCUCGAAGUACGCCAACGCGGCCGCGAGAGCCUCCAACGCAGCGCUGCUCCCCGCGUCGCACCUCACAGCGACCUUCACGCAGCGCGACGUGCUGUCCAUGUCACGCGACGAACUGGGCUCCGCGCUCGGCAACGACGUAUUAUUGGUCACAUUACUAUUCACCCUCAACGAGCUCUACACCUCGGCGGGCAUCGGCAAGACGACGGCCUUCCUGCUGAACUUGAGCGCCACGAUCCCCUCGGGGAGUCUGCUGCUGGUCGUCGACAGCCCCGGGAGCUACUCGGAAGCCGCCGUGGGGAAGGAGUCCAAGAAGUACCCCAUGCAGUGGCUGCUGGACCACACCCUCCGCAAGGACGAGAAGCCCGUGGAGGGGUGUCUGUGGGAGAAGGUCGAGUCGCACGACUCCGUGUGGUUCCGGCUGGCCGAGGGUCUGCGCUACCCCAUCUCUCUGGAAAACAUGCGCUAUCAAAUGCACCUCUACCGCGCCACAAGACCCUGA